UUAACAUGCCACUAGUACUACAGUAUAUUAAUAUCCAAAGUAAACAUGAAGCUACGUCAGCGAGGACGGAAUUUCCGGAGUGCCAUGAUAACGUAGCGUCGCAAAGAGUGCACCUUGCGGGGAAUUUAAUUAACGUCCAAUAGUGUGUAUAACCCCUAAUUACAAUAUCCUUGGAUUCAACUUUACGAUGCCCUAGGUUGCAAGCUCGAACUCUUUGACAGAUUGGUGAAGAAUUUGAGUAUCAUGCGAAGCCUUUAAUAUAGACGAGAACACCUGUUUCUCAGAGUACCUGUCAAAGGGCUUUCUUUACGAGCUAGAACAAAACAACUCAAUCCAUAGUCCAAAUCUAGAAUUACGAAGUUAAUUUCUGUCUACCAUGCCGUUCUUCAAGUUCAAUCGCCAAAGGAAGUUAUCCCAAAAGAGCAAGUCUUCGUCCAUGGGUAGUAUUUACAAAGAUUAUGGACAAGAACAUCCAAGUAAUUCUAGUACUUGGGACCCGAUCGACCCAGGACGGACGAGCUAUCGAGAGAGAAAGAUAUCAGAGGAUGUGGAAUCCAAUCGGGAAAUACGAAAUCUUCAGGAGCAAAAUCUCAAACUUCAAGAGGAGAAAAACGUGCUCCAAUUGAAGGUCGAAAUCCUUCUGGACAUGCUAGCUCAGAAAACAGCCGAGGCAGAGCUGCAAGAAGGGGAUCUACUCAAAAUGAGGAAUAUCCUGGCCAAUUCUUGAGUUCUUUUCAUGAUCCAUAAAAAUAUAUAUUUAAUCCAUGUUAAGAUGAUGUACAAUUCUCAAAUGAGCCAAAGGA